AUGUUGUUGCUAGGAUACAAAAGACUACAGCGGAGCUCCCAAUGUACUGAAAUGUUGAAAGAAGCUGAGUCAGUUCAGUUCAUGAAAAUCGUCAUAAGUCAGAGAAUAAGAAGUUAGUUGUGAUAAAAGAAUCGCACAAAGUUAACUCGAUGAAUUUACCGUCUCAUGAGUUAACUAACAGGCAGAACUAUCCAACAAAAUGCUUCCCGGCCCGGACAUUACAGCAUCGAGGAAAAGAAGGUGGGUAAAGUUUAAGCGAGCAUUUUAGUAGAAGAAAUAGUGAUGAUGCACUUUGACCAUAGUCCUAGUUUUAAUUUUUGGGUAACCCCCUUAGUGAAACAAGGUCCAAUUGGAAAGCUAGGGAGGUUGUAAUACUUUUUGCAUGUAACUCACUGAAUUUUUGAGCCACUGUCUAAAAUUUUUUAUACAAAAUACCCAAAUUUUUGCUGCAAAAGGAGCAUAUUUAAUACAACGAUAAUAUUAUAAACCUUAUGAGUUGAUAUCAAAAACUGGGUGCUCCUUUCUUACAUAAUACUCAUAUACAGUCUAUGAUAAUACUCUACUAGUGAUGUAGGUUAUUGCACAUGUUGAGGUUUGUCGUCAGUCUUUCUUUUACACUGUAAGCAUUGUGAAAUAUUAUUUAAAUCAAUUAAUCAGUCAUAUGAUUUUACUGGCAAUAGUAAAAGUACAAAAAAAUAGUCUUGAUAAAAAUAUGACUUUUGUAUCUAAACAUGAGGGUUCUUUUCUGUAGAAACAACAGAAACUACUGCUUACAGCCUAAAAAGUCACAAUGUGGAAUCAGGGAGAGAGGAGGUAAACACUAAAUGUGUUUCUGGUUUCUUUUGUUACUUCUUAUUGCUGGAAAUAGAGGUAUUACAGCUCUCCUUAAUGUUACAUCCACCCCUGGUCUCCUCUAAACUUAUCCGAUUAUAAACUGUGUGUAAUUUUAAUUGGGAUAAUGAUAUCUCUUGUUAAAGUAGCACACUAUCUAUAAGUUUUCUUUUACAAUACACUCAUUGUUGAUCAACCCCAAGUACCAGCAUUGUCUUGAGUAAGAUUUUUUUCAUUUGAAGUUAAUUUAAAAAUUUUGAGUUAUUGUUUUCCUGACCAAAACAAUAAACCUUAAAAAAAACUGUCAGAUAAUGAAGUAUUGAAAUAACUGCUAGUUUCAGCUCUAUUAUCAUUGUAAAGCAGUGUUUUUCAAUGCUAUCUUCCAUAAUUUAAUGUUCCAUGCAGGUCCAGGGCAUUGGCUUGUGGCUUACAGACAGACAGAGGAGCGGAGAUACAGAAGCCUUCACAGGAGAGUCAAAGAAACCUUAAGAAAGAGUGACAAGAAGGGUCAUGGUAACACAUUAGAUGCACCCUUCUUGGUAAGGCCAUUUGAUGUAUUUGGUGUCUUUUUAAACACCACCUUUUGUUAUUAUUAUUAUUAUUAUUAUUAUUUUAUUUUAUUUAUUUAUUUAUUUAUUUAUUUAUUUUUUUACAGCUCCGGUCACAUUGUGUUGAUAAACCGUCUGAGCUCUACUCUGUGGACGUCAGUGAGCAGAACCUCAAUUCCGUAAGCAUUUUUUUCAUGUUGUUGGCACUUUUUUUUGUCAAGGUUAUUUUGGUUGUAAAUACUGUUCACUUUGUCUUUACUGUGAACAGGUCAAACCAGAGGAGCUAAAGGAGUUCAUCAAUGUAGCUUACAUUGAUGCAUCUAUCAACUCUCUCUCUUUAGGUAAUUGUUGAUCAUAUAUCAUUCUUAAUCAUUUAAUAAGGUUUCUAGUGUCCUGUAUAAGGUUUUGUAAUUUGGGAUCUUUUUUCCAACAGAUUCUUUCAGGAGUUUUGUGUCUUUGAGAAAACUUAGUCUGGCAGUAAAUGGACUGUGCAACUUGACAUUUGAUGCAGAUGAUUUCCCUCAGCUUGAGGUAAGAUGGCUGACUUUGAUGCAUCAAUGAGAUACGCUGUGUUUACUAAUGUUAACAUAAUUUUAUGUCUGUCCUGUCAUUAAGUGUAAGGAGUAACAUGUAACACAUUUGUUCGAUAACAAGAAUCUCAAAGCCUUUCCAUCUUAAAUACUCCGAUCUUCAUGUCAUCACCACUUAAUUUUUUUGGCUUAAAGAAUAAAUGUAAUGAUUAUAAUAAUGAUAAUAAAACCUUUUAUUUUACACAAGAGCAUAAAAUCAAGUGAAAAACAACAGCAGAGGGGAUCAGCACAUGUCAACCACAUGUGCAGCUCUUCAGUAUUUGAGAAGCUUUGAUACCAUUAACCACAAACAAAGCAAACACGUGCUGUUGGUUUCAGUAAUGUGUCUCUCAUUAUGUCUGCAGCCUUUAUGGACUUGUUUGAUGUUUGAACAAAGCUGGAUUGUAUCAUUUAUCUUAAUAAAUCUUUUGAAUCCCCUCAGGUUUUGGAUCUUUCCUACAACAAUUUGUCGGCUGAUGUUUUUGUUUCAGUCGGCUUGCUUCCCUCUUUAAAAGUUCUUCAUCUGACUGGGAAUCAGCUUCAUCGGCUCCCUACUAAUCCAGGUUUUUCACACCUCAACACCACCCAAUUGUUAGUAAUUUAUUGACCAUAAUGCAGCAGUGUCAUUGUGAGUGGGUGCAGUUUGUUAUCUUAGUGGAAGUCUUCUUAUAGGGAAAAAGGGAAACUAGAUCAGACGAGUUUCCAUGCAGACUUAUAUAACCCCAUUAAAGCUAGAAAAUAUGCUCUUUUGUCUUUCUUUUAGUCCUGGGAAAACAGUGAACAUGGCAUUACUUCAUAUAUUCCAGCACCACACACUUCAGUUUUGUCAGGCUCAGCUUUGUGUAACAGCUGUUUUGCCAGUGAGACAGAGGAGGACUUUCACUUGACAGCCAUUACAAAAAAAAAAGAAAAAAAGUUAAUUAUGAGUCACAGAGAGGCAGCUAGUCUACGUAAUUACAUGGUUUCUAGUGCCAAAUGCAGAAUAAUUCCACUAACUACAGUCUGAUUUGUACCUCUGUCUGCUGCUGACAGUUAUUUUUGCAAAUAUAUAACUUGAGCUAUGAUCAUUUAUGUAGAACUUUAUGGCUACUUUUCAAAGAAAUGAAAGAAAUUCAAGUUUGUGUUAAAAGUUCUUCAACCUUUAGCCAUUCAGUGUAUUUGCCAUAUAUCAGAUGCUAUCCAAACAUGUAUUGAUCAGACUUGUCGGCAUACUUCAUGAAAAAACCGGUAGAUUUUCACAAUUUAACAAAUAAGAUAGUAACAGAAGAAGACAGUUUUCAAAUUGUCCAGGAGGUGGUGCACAAAUGUUUCAAUGCAAAGACACUCAGUUCACAGGUACAGAAAGCAUAUCAUUUUGUGCAUGCAUGUUGUGUGUAACUGUUUCUUUAUGCUUUAAGUGCAUCAUUAGUGUUGACCAGUGUGGACUUAAUUUCUGCUAGUCAAUGUAAUGUGCUGAGUUUUUCACAGACCUGCUCCAGAGGAAGACACAUGGUUUAGAGCUCUUGAAGUCCUGAUACUGGAUGAUAAUAAACUGUCCUCUGCAGUCUUCAGUAGUCUGAAAAACCUCAGGAGGUAAGUUUAAAGUGAUGUGAGCAAUUAAAGUGUCACUCAAGACAAAGAGAAAAAAAUUAAAACAUUCAUUCAAGUUUGUUUUGAUGUUGAAACACAGGCUGAGGUCUUUAAACCUGCAGAGAAACCGGAUCACUGAGGUACCAUAUCUGCAGCUGCCUGGCUCUUUAAAACCUUUGAUUGGAAAAGAAUCUGACGAAGAGAUUUUUUGUAAGUUCUGACAAAAUAAUGAUUUAAUUAUAGACUUGCAUUCUAGCAUCUUUGGAAAAUUAAUUAUUAAAUCAUUUUGAACCCAUGGAUGCAGCCCUCACUGAAUCGAACCCAAACAUUGAUGAACAUAUCAGGAAAAUCUCAGAGGUAAUUCAUCUUUUCAUUUGGUGUUAGAGCUGUCGCAACACUUUGCUUCAAUGAUUCUCCAUUUUUAUAAUAUCUGUGUCAGUCACCUCAGGCUGUACACCAGGAGGAGCUCUGUGGAGAAUCCAGUUUGCCUCUACCAGCACUUCAGUACUUGAAUUUGGCUGACAACAAUGUGAGUACAUUGUGUGUAAUGACGACGCACCCACCCCCAUUUUUUGAAAAACAAGCUCAUCUGUCUCAUCAGUAUUUCCUCAUCAGAUUGCUGAGGAAGACGCGCUAAUGGCUGCCGCCCUUUUCCCAUCACUCAGAGUAAUUAAUAUUUGCUCCAACCCGCUGACGACACGGAGAAGUAGUAACGCUCCUGUACUCUCUAAUCAGAAGACUUUUAAAAAGAUGAAGUCAGAGUUUCAAAUUCUUAAAUCACUGUCAUGUCUUUGUCUGAACACAGGAGAGCUUCCAUUACUCACCUACUACCUUAUAGAGAGACUGGGGAUUACAAUAAAGAGGAAGGAGUACCAAGAGGCUGUGAUGAUGCCAAUGAAGAUGUCCACUGACCUGAAAUGGAAGGUGAGUUUUUUUUUUCUUGAUGACCUUCAGGAUUAAACCACUUAACCCAAAUUAUUUCAAUAUCUUUGAACUGCAGGUAGAAGAAAAGAGCUCAAAGGUGACAAAGAAGUCAAAGCAGAGAGAUGAACCUUAUUCUGCUCAAACUCAGGCUGGAAAAAAAGAGAGAACUGAUGAGAAAACGCCAGAACUUUCCCAAGAAAUCCCAAAUGGCUUCUUUGUCACUCAGGUAUUUUAUGACAUUUGAGUUUAUUGAUGUUUUCUUUUUUAAAUGCAUGUCUUUACAUUUCUAAUAAUAUCUCCAUGUUUAGACAACAGAUUUUCCACGAUUGGAGUUUUUUGAUGGGAAAGAAACAGCAGAGAAAAGAAAGAUGGUGGACAUUCCUGAAGAAUACGUGUUGAUGAAUGCUAAAGCAAACACUGGUGUGGAGGCCAUUGGUGAGGACUUUAAGUUUCACCUGCAGUUGCUUAUUUUUUGCACAUUUGCCCUCAUCUCUUGAAUAAGAGCUCAUCUUUGAAAUCAGUUGAUUGUAACAGGAAUAUUGAAGUUCAAUUUCUCUUUCUACAGGAAUUCAAACUGCUGUUCGGAUGCUGGAUUAUACACCAAAGAAUCUCAAUGUUUACAGAGACUCCAAACCAAAGCUUGAUAGUUUCCAGACACCGUACAGAGAAAGAGAGAAAAGGGUUUGUAAAUUACUACAAAAGUUUACUCUGUAGUUAUUAAUGCUUGAAAUGUAUAAUCAGCCUCCAAAGGAAGUAUCUUUGUGUAUGACUUAAAACAACUUUUUGUGCACAGAUUAAAAAACUUCCACCUGUGAAACUAACAAAGCGGCCGACUGAAAAGCUGGAUGAACUGAUCAAGGCAAUCAAAGAGAGUUCAUCCAUAAGACAAGUCCCACUAAGUAUGAACCUUUAUGACUUAAUAAAUAUCAGCUAUUGUUACCUUUCUUGAUAAUGACACUUUUUUUUGUUCAGGCAGUGCUAUUAAUAGCCCAAGUCUCACCAAGCAGGAUCACAAGGAGAUUCAGUCUCUGCUGAGGGAUAUGAAGACUAAGUACAAGAUGGUCCAUAAGAAAGCCAUGGAUCAAAUUGCCAGCAUUCAGGCUGAGAGAGACACUGAUCAAAACAGAGCUGAAUUUCCACCUCUGAACUCAAAUUCAAUCCCAAGUGCUUGAUUUGCCUGUCAUUGUUCAUCUGUGCCUGGAUAGCAUUGACUAAUAAUUGGUGUGAGUUUAAUUAAUAACAUGAAAAGUAUGUCGAAACUUAAAGAAGUGGUUGUUGAACUUUUUUUUCUUCUUAUGCACUAAAGACUGGUUCCUCAAAACCAACAAAGAACAACAAGGGUCAAAACAUUACUUUUCAAUAUGGGUCAUAUACUUGGGCUUGUGUCUUGAUGUUAAGAGUUAAAUUAUCUAAAAAAUAUAUACAUAUAUAUCAAGAUGAUUUAUAAAAAGAAAAGUUGUUUAAAGACGUUGUUGUAAAUUCUCACUAAAGGAAUUCCUCAAAGUAAAGAGAUUAUUAUUCUGUGUCUGCUCAAAAACCCUAAAAGUUGCAUGUGCCUCAGGUGUGGUGAAAAAUUUGACUUUUUAUGGGUCUUCAAGCACGGGCAUGGGCAUCUCUUCCAAAGUCAGAGGCCAAGUUUGGCCAUCCCCGUUUUUGACAUCUAAAUAUGCCCUUGAAUCCAGUCUUAAGCAUGCAGCCGGUCCUUAUGACAAACACUGUCUGUUUCUUUAAUACAUGUGAAGUGUAAUCAAUCGUUCCCAUAUAGGGGGAACUACAGAGUUAUUUAAAGGAAAGUACAAGCAUCUGUGUGUUAUUGGACGAGUUGGCAUCUGCUAGGAUGUGUUACUGUCUGUUCCCAGGAGUCAGUCUGAUUAAUUCUGUUACAGAUACAGUGAUCGUGAUUGAUGAUGGAGCAGCUGCAAUAAGGCCUAGCAUCCUGCUCUGUUUGUGAGAGUGUGUGUCUCUUCAGCUGCUGCUAUAAAACAGAUACUUGGGAUUUGUGGGUUUGAACUGUUUGUGUACAUUUUGGUCAUGCCGGUCCAAUCUGCGCACAUGGGAAAAUACUUGAUGACCUUACUGGUUGUUUUAGUGAAAUGUUUUAUCAGACUGAGGAAAAAUUGUGUGUUUUUCCCCCCUAUCCUUCUUGAAUGUCUUAUGGCAAAUCCGCUUUACUGGUGACUACUGAUUAAUUUAUUCAAGUUUUUUGAUAAAGGAAAAUGAUCAAGAACAGGACACAAUCUAUAAGUUAACUAAAGCUAACUAAAAACAUAAAAGUUUUAUCCUUAUCUUGUUUGGAUGUUUCACCUAACCCUGACUGUAAUCCAGGAUCAAGUCCACAGAGUCUCCAUAGGUUGAUACGUCACACUGAAUUUCGCUACAAGCUUAUAUUGGAAGCUUUUGUACUUCUGCUCAUGUUCUGUUUGUGUUGUUCAUUCCCUUUUUGAUUUCACGCUUUUCUCCUUCAUAUGAUUUCAAUUAUUUUUUCUUUCCAGCAGCUCGUAGAUGUGGAAUGCACUCUGAGCCCACCUGGAAUACAUCAAUAGACACUGUGGAGAUAGUUCAUGAGAUUCAUACCAGAGUGUUUCCUUGCUUCUGUAUAAAUUGAAUGGUUAAUAUUGAAUGGACUGCCAGCAGUGUACAUUAUGCAUCAAACACAAGAUUCAUUAUGGCUAGUGUGCUUUCAUUUUGUGAUGUUUGCUCCAAAUUGUCAUUUUAUUGAAUUUAAGGAUAUUAUUUUAGCUGUUAUGUUCGGGAAAGGGGGUGCUUAGCUUUACCUGUUAAGCAAAGUGGAAGAGAUUCUAAUUUGCAUAAGCACCUGUUCACUAUAUGACCCCUCAAAAGCAUGGUCCGGUCAUGGUCAGUUUUGACAGCCACAUUAAGACGAUGCUUUGGUGAAUUUAUUUGGUCAGGUUUAUCUCCUUUUCUUUGCACUGUGUUGAUUUAAAAGUUUUGUUCAGACCCUGCUGGUAUGAUACUAAUUUCACAUGAGUUGGUCGCUGCAAGGAUUUGAACCCAGGACCUUCAAAUUCGUUUGACAUCAGUGGUUCAAGUGACACUAAGCUGCCAGUUAGAAAGAUUUGUUUGUCCUGACUAAUCUUUCUGGAAGAUUGUGGUUAUUCAAAUGCUUGAUUUGUACCCUAGAACCCAGGACAUUCAAUCUUCAAUCGAUUAUCCCCAGAGUAAUUUACUGCUAUGCGGGGCUCACUUGUUCAUGUUUAUUUAAUUUCUAGUACAUUACAGUCGACUGAUUGCUUUCAUUCUGCUUUCUGUCUUUUCUCUUCAGUUUAAUUUAUU